AUGCCUAGCGCAUUGGUUUUGCGAGCUGGUGUCAGCUUUGAGGACAGAGAGUUCUGGAAUAGUUCGCUUUUGAUUUCCGAAGCUGUCACGGCUCUUAUCUGCAGCCCGAUCUUCGGGUAUGUGCUUGACGUCUCCGGCACUCGUCAAGGGCCCUACCUAGCGGGCCUCGUUCUGUUAUUCGCCUCAAUGGUAAUUUUUACGGCAUCAAGAUCCGUACUCUGGUACACAGUCGCGCGGAUACUUCAAGGAGGAGCAACUGCAAUGGUUACGGUCGCAGGGUUCGCUAUUGUGACAGAUGCAGUAGACAAACAUCAUUUGGGACAAAUGCUCGGCUAUAUUGGAACAGCUAUGACUCUGGGCUUUGUGUCUGGUCCUGUUUUAGGUGGAGUGGUAUACAGUAUUGGAGGCUUCUAUGCAGCAUUUGGGAUGGCAUUUGCCAUUAUUACCUUGGAUCUGGCUUUGCGACUGGCUGUCAUUGAAAAAAAAGUCGCAGAGCGUUUCGUAUCCUCUUCAGACAACGGAGUGGUCUCACCGAGUCGAGAUCAUGACCACAAUAACCAAUCAUACGGCUCAGCUCAGAGUACGCCGCGUGGACCCAAACCCCCAAGACCAGACGGAUCCCUUGCUUUGUUCAAGCUCUUACGACAGCCUCGAGUCUUGAUAGCUCUAUGGGCCGUUAUCGUAAGCGCAAUAGUGGCGUCCGCCUUUGAUGCGGCCUUGACUAUAUUUGUUGAAACAAUUUUCCAUUGGGAUGUUCUAGGAGCUGGUCUCAUUUUUAUACCCGGUGCUUCGGCGGCAAUUCUACAGCCAUUCUUUGGCUACCUUACUGAUCGUCUUGGGUCACGGAUAAUUGCUUUUUCGAGUUUCGCCAUUCUAUCACCCACCCUUAUUUUGCUUCGUCUCGUUGAAAAGAAUACAUUUCAGCAUAAAGCAAUUCUGUGUGUUAUACUUGCCACCGUUGGGAUGUGUAUCGACCUCGGCGAGCCCGCUCUUCUGGUUGAACUACAGAAGGUUCUUGAUGACAUGGAAGCUGAGGAUCCAAGAGUAUUUGGUGGGCAAGGCGCAGUUGGGCAGGCCUUCGGUCUUCAGAGUAUGGCACAUUUCGGUGGUUUCGCCCUCGGGCCAAUUAUUGGAGGCUUCGUAUCAUUCCAUUAUGGUUGGAAUGUUAUGACAUUUUCUCUGGGCUUGCUGUCCCUAGUCACAGCCGUUCCGAUGAUGUGGCUUAGUGGGCCGAUUCAAGAUGACCAUACUAUUAGUGAAACAGGAAGAGAUCCACUGAUGGAUUACUGA